AGCACGGCCCGCCUCCUCCUCCUGCUCAGCCCGCGGCCGCCGACGUUCUCCACAACGUGCCCGCGGUGCUCAAAGAACAGGCGGCUGAGGCAAAAACGAGUCCUUUCGGAGAGGAAGUUGACACGCUAUUUCGUGGAUCACCGCAGAGUGCGUGUGGUUGGGGGACAAGGAGGAGGAGGGGGUCAUUCUUUCUAUAGUGAACCCCGAAAAAUAUUUGGAGGUCCUGAUGGUGGAAAUGGAGGUGAUGGCGGCCACGUCAUUUUGAAAGCUGACCAGCAAGUGAAAUCCCUUUCUUCAGUCCUCCCAUUCUACCAAGGUUGUCAUGGAGAGAGAGGGGGAAGUAAAAACUGCUAUGGAGCCAACGGCGCCUGCGUGUACGUGAAGGUCCCUGUCGGCACGUUGGUUAAGGAGGAUGGGAAGGUCAUGGCUGACCUGACCCAGGAUGGUGAGGAAUAUGUUGCAGCAUACGGAGGAGCUGGAGGGAAAGGCAAUCGCUUCUUCCUCUCCAACGAGAACAGAGCUCCCACGUUCUUCACUCCAGGAGAGCCAGGCCAGGAGAGGGUCCUCCAUUUGGAAAUGAAGACAACGGCUCACGCAGGACUGGUGGGCUUUCCCAAUGCUGGGAAAUCAUCACUUCUGAGAGCAAUCUCCCGUGCAAAGCCAGCUGUGGCUGCCUACCCCUUCACAACCCUGAAUCCCCACGUCGGCAUCGUCCACUAUCAAGACUAUGAGCAGGUGGCAGUUGCUGACAUUCCUGGCCUGAUAAAAGGUGCUCAUCAGAACAGGGGCCUGGGGAUGAGCUUCCUGAGGCAUAUUGAACGCUGCCGCUUCCUCCUCUACGUGCUGGACCUCUCUGUGCCUCAGCCAUGGAUGCAGCUGCAGGACUUGAAAUAUGAACUGGAACAAUAUAAAAAAGGAUUGUCUGAAAGACCUUGUGUUGUCGUUGGGAAUAAGAUUGACCUUGCUGACUCCAGGGUGAACCUGGCACUGCUGAAAGAGCAGGUCGCUGAGCGGGUCAUUGCCUUGUCUGCACUGACAGGAGCCAACCUUGAGGAGCUGCUGCUGCAUCUGAGAGAACUGUAUGAUGCUUAUGUGAAGGCAGAACAGUCACGAGGGCAAAGCCCAGUCAAGUGGUAG